GCUACAAGAGUGGCUCAUUAUUCUCACACCACUAUAUGGACAAAAUGAUCAGCAAGCUUCAGACAGCCCUUGUUCUUCUAGUGACCACAGUCCUAGCAAACCAAAGCUAUGACUGCUCAGAAAUCACUGGGGGUCGUAAGGUUAAACCUUAUUCAAGACCUUAUCUGGUGUCCAUUGAAAGCAAUAACAAGCAUGUAUGUGGAGGAAGCUUGAUUCAAGCAAAAUGGGUUUUAACAGCAGCAACCUGUCUACAACUGAUCAAGAAAAAGAAAUCCAGCGUGAUUCUUAGAAUGCACUCUCGUAAGAAGAAGGAUAGGACAGAACAGAAAAUUCUGAUUAAAAAUCUUUUCCCACAUCCUGAAUUCAAGAAUACACUGGACAAUGACAUCAUGCUUCUGGAGCUACAACAAGCUGCAAAUAUUAAGGAAUUCCUCCAUCUGCCAACGUCAGCAAAAGACCCCAAAUCUGGAGCAAAGUGCAAUGUCAUUGGAUGGCAACAAACCAGUUCCAAAGAUAAAUCACAUCCUGACAGUUUGAAAGAGGCCGAAGCAACUGUGAUAGAUCGGAAAGUCUGCAAUAGUAAAAAAUACUACAACAGCAAUCCAGUUAUAACAGACAAUAUGAUAUGUGCACGUGAUAAAAACAGCAAAAAAGAUUCCUGCCUGGUUGAUGCAGGAGAUCCACUAAUGUGCAAAAAAAAGGCAAUGAGCAAGAAGAGGGAGAUCGUUGGAAUUUCCACAGCUAGAAAGGAUUGCGGAAGUGCCAAUAGACCUGGCAUAUAUAUCCGGUUAACAGAAAAGUAUCUCUCCUGGAUCAAGAAAAAAAUUGGAGUUGUGAAUUUCAGUGACACAGAGGAACAAAUCUAAGAGGAAGAUGUGUCACUUAUUAAAAUGUAGCUUGUUUAUCAAUGAAAUGAAUCUGAAGAAACAUUUGUAUUUAAAUGUUUCUGAAAUAGCAAGGUCACUUGAAUGUUUAAGAAACUCAAAAUUCUUGGUUUUUGUUCUAUAUAUAAUAUCUAUCAUUAUUCAUGAUACAAUGUUAGUUUGUACUUUUGAAAGUUUUGGUCACCCACAGCUUCUGCGUUCAGUUUUUUGCAGGUCUUUCCUCUAAUAAUCAUGUUUCUGUUUUAUAUUAACGUUGGUUUUAUUUGGUCCAGUUCAUAGGCAAAUCAAUGGACAAUAUUGAUUUCAUUUCCUCUGGUGAUGUUUCCCUAGACAUGAUUUCAACUAUAUGACUACAUCAACAAGUGCUGACAAAGAGACUAGGAAAUUUGCCAAACAGGGCUCAACAUGAACUGCCAUGAUAGUUUGUCUAUCUGAUUGUGCAUUUGGGUAAAGACCUGGAUGGGCAGACAAAGGAGAAUAAUGUCAGAACCAUGCUAACAAAGCAAGAAAUUGAUAAAUAAUGUGAUUGGAAGGGAUUAAUGCUUUUGAUAUUUUUUACUGCAAAUUCAGUCAUUAAUUUAUUCUGCUUGGCUGUAAAUUUUUUUUGGGAAUUACAAUCAUUCAUAGAAACAUAGAAACAUAGAAAAUAGGUGCAGGAGUAGGCCAUUCGGCCCUUCGAGCCUGCACCGCCAUUUAUUAUGAUCAUGGCUGAUCAUCCAACUCAGAACCCUGCCCCAGCCUUCCCUCCAUACCCCCUGACCCCCAUAGCCACAAGGGCCAUAUCUAACUCCCUCUUAAAUAUAGCCAAUGAACUGGCCUCAACUGUUUCCUGUGGCAGAGAAUACGACAGUAUAUUUACACAAAUUUAAAUAACACACAGUGUGAGUACUGGCAAUGAUACUGGAAGCCUGAAUAUAAGUUCCUUUAUCUAUUUGUAUUCUUAAAAUGUCAGGAAAAAUAGCAUAAUCUGUUGCUUUUCUGUCCUUAAUCUUUCCUUUUCACAGAAAAAUGUUGACGAUGAAUAUUUGAUCGCAAUUUCCAGGAAAUCUGUAUUCUCAUGGCAUUACUUGUAACUAAUGUAUAACAACAUCUUCUGAAUACCACAUUCUACUGGGUUCUACUUAUUAAACCAACUUUCCUGUUAAAUUCUGGAAGAAAUAACUUUGAAAGAACAAAUUAGGAACAAGUUUGAGUUAUUUUUCCAGUUGGAAACAGGGAUGAACACUGUCAUCAUGGGUCUAUUCCCCCAUGCCUCCAGUCUGCCCCAAGACAUCUGGGCACUGCUCUGAUAGGACCCUCAUUAAAUUAUGUGACUGACUUUGCAACUUCAUCCAUGGAAUUACUUUAAAAACACAAACAAACAUAAAAUGGUGUUAGUUGUACUUAUAUCAAAGUUCAGUGUUGGAGCAGAGGCCACUCCAAGGAAAAUCAACCAACCACUUAGAACAUAGCAUUCAUUUGCAUGAUGAAAUACGAACCCAACUGUAAUCCUGUGGUAUAAAUGAGACAGUACACAUCCUGCACAUAGACCACCUAUUUGUACUGUGUGCUGGAACUAUCUAAAAUUUAGAAAAAUCAUCCAGGACCCACAUAAUAAACUUACACUUUCACAUUUCAUAUCAAUUUAUUCCACAGAUCAGCCAGCACUGUAGUGGAUCUGGUCAAUCUUCCAAAAUGGAUUCAGCAGGCAAGAGAAAAGCUUUCACCUGGCACUUUGGAAUCAGCAGUGAAUAAUGAGCUGGGCCUUCUAAACAGUUAAUGCAUCCUGAGACCAAGAAUGAGCAGGA